GCCCUCCGUGUUCGUGCAAAAAACCCUGUGGGCACUCUCUCUGCGAAACCCUAACACUUUCAGUCCGAGAGAGAGAGAGAGUAUGAAGGAGGAGGACGCGGGCCCACCCAACAGAGAACUGUAUGCACUGCUCCACAUAUCACCGGAGGCCUCCGACGAAGAAAUCCGGAAGGCUUAUCGCCAAUGGGCCCAAAUAUAUCACCCGGACAAGCACCAAGCUCCCCAUAUGAAAGAUAUUGCUACAGAGAACUUUCAACGGAUAUGUGAAGCAUAUGAAAUUUUAUCAGAUGUAAACAAAAGGCAAAUAUAUGACAUCUAUGGUAUGGAAGGGCUGAAUUCUGGUUUGGAGCUUGGUCCAAAGCUGAAUAAGGUAGAAGAGCUAAAGGAAGAACUUGAAAGGUUACGGCGAAGGAAAGAAGAAGAAAAGAUUUUUGCACAUUUCCGACCAUCUGGUACAAUGCUGGCAAAUAUGUCUUUGCCGAACUUUCUAAAUGGUGGUGGCAUCAUCCAAGGAAUGGCUAUGACAAGUGAAGUUCAGUCUCAGAUAUCCAAACGCAAUGCUAUUGCAAUUGGUGGAAAUUUGGUAGUUAAUGGGAAUUCUGGAGGUGGAGCUGCUACUGCUGUGUUCAGGCAUCAAAUAUCUCCAGUUUCUACAGUGGAAUUUAUGGCUUCAGCUGGUUUACGGGCAUUAAUUGGGGUGGAAACAUCUCGUCAGCUGUCAUCACACUCAACUGCAACAAUGGGCGUUGCUAUGUCUUUGAAAGAUGGUUCAUUGAAUCUUUCCAACUCCUGGACCCGCCAACUGUCUGAAACUGCAUCUGGAAAUAUACAACUUGCUUUAGGUCCAGAGUCAUCUAUUGCAGUUGGAUGGAAAAUGAAGGAUGUGAAAAUGUCUGCAGCUGGAGAACUGAAGUUUGGCACCAGUUCAUUUGGGGCAUCAGCUCACUAUAAUCAUCAGUUUUCCUCAAAGUCUCAUGGCCGCAUUGGUGGGAAAGUGGGAAGCACCACUCUUGAGAUAGAAGUUGGCGGUGGAAGGAAAUUAUCUAAAUUCAGCACUGUCCGCAUGUUGUACACAAUAGGAAUACAGGGUAUAUUUUGGAGAUUUGAAUUGCAUCGUGGCGGCCAAAAGUUAAUUAUUCCUAUUUUGCUUUCCAGGCAUUUGAAUCCUGUGCUUGCAACUGGAGCAUUCAUACUUCCAACCUCCGUUUACUUUUUACUAAAGAAAUUCGUUCUUAAACCAUAUUACCUUAAAAAGGAAAAACAGAAGGCUUUAGAGAAUGUGGAAAAAACCUCUGCCAAGGUACAUGAGGCAAGAGCAGCAGCAGAGAAAGCUCAGCAGUUACUACAAAAUGUGGCCAAUAGGAAAAGAACUAGGCAAUUAGAAACAAAUGGAUUAGUUAUUACUAGAGCAUGGUAUGGAAACCGUACCACUUUGAGUAGGAAAAAUGAAUCAUUUGAAACACACAAUGAGUUGACUUCACAAGUCAUGGAUGUCACACUACCUCUAAAUUUCCUGGUUGAUGAUUCUGGACAACUCAAGCUUCAUGAGGGUGUGAAAAAGUCGGGAAUCAUGGGGUUUUGUGAUCCAUGUCCUGGAGAACCUAAGCAACUGCAUGUGGAAUACACUUACAGAGGCGAGAGUUAUGAGGUGGUGGUUGAUGAUUACGAGGAGUUGCUAAUACCAGAGGAAAGGCACAGAAUCUAAGUGCCAUUCAUUAUACUUUCGCCUUGGUUACCUCGUGCAAUUUUGCACGUUUCACAUGCCUGAGGUACCUCAACUAGAUUGCCGCCUUUUUUCCGUCAUGGUGGUAAUUAUGUAUCUAAUAAGGCGGUGAUUAAUAUUUAUUAAAAUUUUUGAAUAAGGCAUUCGUUGAAUAUUUUGUUCAGUUGUAUUAUAUUUCUCAUGGUGAAAUACAAAUUUUGUACUUGAAAUGGCAAUGUACAUUUUCAUUUAGGGCAGUUUUUUGUAGACUGUGAUGCGUAUAAUAGUGGACCUUUUUGGAUAUGUUGUGUGGGCAAAGCAAUCAAUGUUAAGAAUUGGAAUGGAAGUUUAAACAUGUAUAACACCGUCAAGUUUGUUC